CUGCUCAGAAGGGCACAGGGCAGAACCUGUGGCAGGAGGGAGAAAGGGCUUCGAGUUGGGCCUUAGGUGCCCGGUGUUGUGUGUUGACGGGGCUGUGCAGUUAGCCUCACUGAACUGGAGCCUUGCAAAAUUUCCUGCGCCCGCCCCAGGGCGUAAGGAAUUUAUGGUUUCCCUUCCUCUCUCUGUCCUCUGGGUUUGGCUUACGAUAGCAGAUUUUACGUGCCUGUGGCCUAAUCGUGCACUGCCCAGUACGGCCGCCACCGGCCAAGUGUGGGUGGCCCUUGAGCGCUAGCGAUGUGGCCAGUGCAAACUGAGAUGCGCUCUAAGUGGAAAACGCUGGCCACAUUCAGAAGACUGAGCAUGAGAAAUAAAGUAGGUGAGAUAUCUCCCUAGUAAUGGUUGGCGUUGAUUACAUUCUGAACUUAGGGUAUUUUAGCGGUACUGGGUUAACCGAGGCAUGUUAUUAAGAUUGACUUCAUCGCUUUCUUCUUUGUUUAUGCGGGUACUGCAAAAGCAAAAUGACGUACACGGGUCACACUGUCGCUACCGGGCAUUGCUGGUCUAGACUUUAGAGUGAUGGGUUCUGCCAUUUGCCCCAGAUCGAUAGGCAGGAAAUGCUCUUGGAAGAACUGGCACCGGUGGGAACGGCACACGUACCACCAAACAUCCACCUGGAGUCACCCCCACUCCAAGUAAUGGGACCUGCCCCGGAGGGCCCAGUGGCAGAGCCUUGGAUCCCACAGGCAGGGCUGCAGGAGCUGAGCUAUGGUGCCGCUGAGGAGUGCCAGCCCUUCCUGGACCCCGGGUAUCCAAUACCAAAGCUGGACGUGAACUUUUCAUUGGAGCCUCGAGAAGAGGCAUGGGUGAAGGAACUACAAGAUUCCAAAGAAAUGAAACAGUUAUUUGACUCCAAGAUAGGUUUUGAGAUGGGGAUAGAAAAUGAAGAAGAUUCUUCAAAACAGAAAAAACUGGAGAAUAUGUAUCCAUUUAUUGUUACUUUAGAGGGGAAUGCUCUCCAUGGGCCCAUUUUGCAAAAAGACUAUGUACAGUUGGAAAAUCAGUGGGAAAGUCCCCCGGAGGAUCUACAGACAGAUUUAACAAAACUGGUGGAUCAUCCGAACCCCUCUGCAGGAGAGAAACCUGAGAAUUCCAACUUAGAAGAGCCUCUCGACCCCAGACCCCAGAAGAAAAAGAGUCCAGGGGACAAACCUCACCGAUGCCCUCAGUGUGGAAAAUGUUUUGCGCGGAAGUCGCAGCUUACAGGGCACCAGAGAAUUCACUCUGGAGAGGAACCGCAUAAAUGCCCUGAGUGUGGAAAAAGAUUCCUUCGUAGUUCAGACCUUUAUAGACACCAACGGCUUCAUACCGGAGAGAGGCCCUACGAAUGCACUGUGUGUAAAAAGCGAUUCACUCGACGGUCGCACCUUAUAGGGCACCAGAGAACGCAUUCUGAAGAAGAAACCUACAAAUGUCUUGAGUGUGGGAAAAGCUUUUGUCAUGGAUCGAGUCUCAAAAGACAUCUGAAAACUCAUUCGGGUGAAAAACCUCACAGAUGUCACAGUUGUGGGAAAAGUUUCAGUAGACUGACAGCUCUUACUUUGCAUCAGAGAACUCACACCGAAGAGAGACCUUUUAAAUGUAAUUACUGUGGGAAAAGCUUUAGACAGAGACCGAGCCUUGUUAUUCAUUUAAGAAUUCACACAGGGGAGAAGCCAUACAAGUGUAGUCACUGUUCUAAAAGCUUCAGGCAGAGGGCAGGCCUUAUUAUGCACCAGGUCACUCACUUUAGAGGACUUCUUUAAGAAUCUUGAAGAGAACAGGUUCCCACAGAGAUUGACACUAACUAAAAAAAAAAAAAAGUUAACCAACAGCAGCCUGUUUGCCUUGGAAGAAUCUUUUUUGUUUGAGCUUAUGAGAACAGGUUUUAAAAACUAUUUAAAAAGCCCUUCUUCCAAAGUAUAUGAAUUCUAGACUAUCUGUCUACUCUUGCAACAUUCCCAGAUUUGAUUUAUGCUCUCUUCCUUUUUUUUUUUUUU